AUGCUUCCCAGAUUACCUGAGGAUACUGGAACAAUAAAAGUUCAGUUAAAACGCCGACUACAAUAUAAAAGUUCUGCACUUUCUUUAAACGUAAGACCCAGUAAAGUUAUGCAAGCUGCUGCUUGGUUGGUAAAUACUAGUGAUUUAUAUAGGGAGCAAGGAAUAACAUUUGAUGCGGAUUGGAUAGCUAACUUUAAUCCUGUAAUAUCAAAUGAAGAUAACGAGAAUGAAAAUAAAACAUCGGUUGAUCAAACUAAUUCAGUUUCUUCCGACGAAGAGUGGAGUGAAGAAGAAGCAGAGAUACCUGCUGGUGUGACUGACAGUAUGUUAACUUCUCCAGAUUUUGUAGAUGAUGAUGAAAGGCAGCACGUAUACAAUGUUGCCCCUGCUGAGGGUGGUAGACCCAUCAGUAUAUUUAGAGAUCAGUUCUCAGAGGAAAUGGCUUACCCAGGAAUAUUUUUGGGUCAAAAAAGACCUGAUAAUAAUCAAAGAUAUUAA